AUACAGCGUGCCGCCGUCAAUUGUUUUACACCUGAUAAGACGCCGACAAAAUCGUUCCGCUUCGUCGUCUGAACACGAGAGAUCUAGUGGAAAUCAAUUUACUAAGGUCUAAAGCUGUCAUAUUAUUGGUGUAAGAUCCGAGGAGUAAUAUUAUCAACAGGAACUUCGUAGCAUUGCUACCAUCAGACAAACGUUGCAAAUCGUUUAAUGCUAAAGCAGCUCCGGGGAGAGAAAAAGUACACUAAAAAUUGAAUUAUUUGUAAUUUUUAUUGACAAAAAUGGAUAACAUACCUAGGACACAUGAAGACAUUGAGGCACAAAUUGCCGACAUACAAUCGAAGAAGAAGGAGGUACAGAAAAAUGCCAGCGAUGGCGUUAGCCUUUUGGCCUCUGGAAACUUUUAUGAUACAGAAUUCUAUGACGAAGGAGGAAAAAGUAAAAAUCGUUAUGAGGGCUAUAAUACCUCAAUUGCCGCCAAUGAUGAUGUUGAUGAGGACGAAGAUGAAGGUUUGCCGGUGCAACAGAAACGUGUGGCCUAUACGGCUCCCAAGUCGGUGAUGAAAGACAUCAUGCAGAGUACCGAAGAUGUGGAUCCCUUGGCGGAUCGUCGACGACCCACCAUUGCGGAUCGAGAGGAUGAAUAUAAACAAAAACGUCGCCGCAUUAUAAUUUCACCCGAACGUGCUGAUCCAUUUGCUGAUGGUGGUAAAACACCUGAUGUAGGUUCUAGAACCUAUACGGAUAUUAUGAAAGAGCAAAUGUUGAAGGGGGAAGAAAGUGAACUGCGAAGGAAAAUUAUGGAAAAAUCAAAGGAUGGUACAUUGCUAAAGACUGUGCCUGAUCCACCCAAAGAGGGUGGCCGUAAACGUGGUCGUUGGGAUCAAACUGUAAGUGACAGUUUUGUGCCGGCCAAGGUGGCAGCUACACCAAGCAGUGCGGCUACUCCUACUUGGGAAGAGAAAACUCCCGCCGAUCAUCGUUGGGAUGAGACACCUGCCCAUAAGACGGGCAGUGAAACGCCUGGAGCUACACCAGGUUUGGGUACCCGCAUGUGGGACGCCACACCAGCCCAUAGCAUGACACCGGGUCAUGAAACUCCAGGCCAUGAAAAAUCUGUGCGCCGUAAUCGUUGGGAUGAAACACCAAAAACUGAGAGGGAAACUCCCGGACACAGUGGUUGGGCAGAAACCCCAAAACCAGAUAGAGGUAUUAGCGAUAAUGUUGUGGUAGAAUCGACUCCAGGAGCUUCUAAACGAAGAUCGAGAUGGGAUGAAACACCAUCGAAUGCUACACCCACAGCAAUGACACCAAGCAUGACUCCCAGUAUGACACCUCAUGCCACUCCUGGCCAUGCCACACCUUUGCUGACACCUGGUGGUACAACACCAAUUGGCGUUAAGGCAAUGGCCAUGCAAACACCCACCCCAGGAGCCCUGGCUGCCAUGACACCAGAACAGUUGCAAGCCUAUCGUUGGGAAAAGGAAAUUGAUGAACGUAACCGACCCUUCACUGAUGAGGAGUUGGAUCAAAUGUUCCCACCGGGAUAUAAGAUUUUACCUCCUCCCGCUGGUUAUGUACCCUUACGUACACCAGGACGUAAAUUGAUGGCUACCCCAACACCCAUUGCUGGUACUCCUGCUGGCUUCUUUAUACAGGUUGAAGAUAAAAAUGCAAAAUUUAUGGAUAAUCAGCCAAAGGGUCAGAAUUUGCCAUUUAUGAAACCAGAAGAUGCUCAAUAUUUCGAUAAACUCUUGGUGGAUGUCGAUGAGGAUACCUUGUCACCGGAAGAGAUAAAGGAACGUAAAAUAAUGAAGUUGCUGUUGACCAUUAAGAACGGGUCACCACCCAUGCGUAAAUCUGCCUUGAGGCAAAUUACCGAUAAAGCACGUGAAUUUGGUGCCGGUCCUUUGUUCAAUCAAAUUCUGCCAUUGCUUAUGUCGCCCACAUUGGAAGAUCAGGAACGUCAUUUACUGGUAAAGGUUAUUGAUCGCGUUUUAUAUAAACUGGAUGAUUUGGUGCGUCCAUAUGUCCACAAGAUUUUGGUCGUUAUUGAACCCUUGCUGAUCGAUGAAGAUUACUAUGCUCGUGUUGAGGGUCGUGAAAUUAUUUCCAAUCUGGCUAAGGCCGCCGGUUUGGCUACUAUGAUUUCCACCAUGCGUCCCGAUAUUGAUAACAUUGAUGAAUACGUACGCAAUACAACGGCAAGAGCUUUCGCUGUGGUUGCAUCCGCUUUGGGAAUACCUUCGCUGUUGCCUUUCUUAAAGGCUGUUUGUAAAUCAAAAAAGUCAUGGCAGGCUCGCCACACUGGUAUUAAGAUUGUCCAACAAAUUGCCAUUUUGAUGGGCUGUGCCAUCUUGCCACACUUAAAGGCUUUGGUUGAAAUCAUUGAACAUGGUUUGGUGGAUGAACAGCAGAAGGUGCGCACCAUUACUGCUUUGGCUAUUGCUGCUCUGGCUGAAGCUGCCACUCCAUAUGGUAUUGAAUCCUUUGAUUCUGUACUCAAACCCUUGUGGAAGGGUAUUCGUACACAUCGUGGUAAAGGUUUGGCCGCCUUCUUGAAGGCCAUUGGUUAUCUCAUUCCCUUGAUGGAUGCCGAAUAUGCCAACUAUUAUACACGUGAAGUAAUGUUGAUUUUGAUUCGUGAGUUCCAGUCGCCCGAUGAGGAAAUGAAAAAGAUUGUCUUGAAGGUAGUCAAGCAAUGUUGUGCCACUGAUGGUGUGGAGGCCCAGUACAUUAAGGAAGAGAUUUUGCCACAUUUCUUCAAAUUCUUCUGGAAUCAUAGAAUGGCUUUGGAUCGUCGUAAUUAUCGGCAAUUGGUCGAUACCACUGUGGAGAUUGCCAAUAAAGUGGGUGCCUCGGAAAUUAUCAAUCGCAUUGUGGACGAUUUGAAGGAUGAAAAUGAACAGUACAGGAAAAUGGUAAUGGAAACCAUUGAGAAGAUUAUGGGUAACUUGGGUGCCGCAGAUAUUGAUUCCCGACUGGAGGAACAGUUAAUUGAUGGCAUUCUCUAUGCCUUCCAAGAACAAACCACCGAAGAUGUGGUCAUGUUGAACGGCUUUGGUACCAUUGUCAAUCAACUGGGCAAGAGAGUGAAGCCUUAUUUGCCACAAAUCUGUGGUACAAUUUUGUGGCGUUUGAACAACAAAUCGGCCAAGGUGCGUCAACAGGCAGCUGAUUUAAUUUCCCGUAUUGCUGUGGUCAUGAAAACGUGUCAGGAAGAAAAACUGAUGGGCCAUUUGGGUGUGGUACUCUACGAGUACUUGGGUGAAGAAUAUCCCGAGGUGUUGGGUAGUAUCUUGGGUGCCUUAAAGGCAAUUGUCAAUGUUAUUGGUAUGACCAAAAUGACACCACCCAUCAAGGAUCUUUUGCCCAGACUUACACCGAUUCUCAAGAAUCGUCAUGAAAAAGUACAAGAGAAUUGUAUUGAUCUGGUGGGACGUAUAGCCGAUAGAGGUCCCGAAUAUGUUUCGGCUCGUGAAUGGAUGCGUAUUUGCUUUGAGUUGUUGGAAUUGCUAAAGGCCCACAAGAAGGCCAUUCGUCGUGCAACUGUCAAUACAUUUGGUUACAUUGCCAAGGCCAUUGGUCCCCAUGAUGUCUUGGCCACUCUGCUCAAUAAUCUUAAGGUCCAAGAAAGACAAAAUCGUGUGUGUACCACGGUAGCCAUUGCCAUCGUUGCGGAAACCUGUCGGCCUUUUACCGUACUCCCUGCCCUAAUGAAUGAAUAUCGUGUCCCUGAAUUAAAUGUCCAAAAUGGUGUACUCAAAUCCCUGUCUUUCCUCUUUGAAUAUAUCGGCGAAAUGGGUAAAGAUUACAUCUACGCUGUAUGCCCGUUGCUGGAAGAUGCCCUGAUGGAUCGCGAUUUGGUACAUCGUCAAACUGCCUGUGCUGCCAUUAAACACAUGUCACUGGGUGUUUAUGGCUUUGGCUGUGAAGAUGCAUUGGUCCAUUUGCUGAACUACGUUUGGCCCAACAUUUUCGAGACAUCACCACAUUUAGUGCAAGCCUUCAUGGAUGCCGUCGAGGGUCUGCGCGUCUCUUUGGGACCCAUCAAAAUUUUACAAUACACCCUACAGGGUCUGUUUCAUCCGGCCCGCAAAGUGCGCGACGUUUACUGGAAGAUUUAUAAUUCCCUAUACAUUGGUGGACAAGAUGCUUUAAUUGCUGGCUAUCCACGUAUCACAAAUGAUCCCAAAAAUCAAUAUGAACGUUAUGAAUUAGACUAUACGCUAUAAAAUCCAGGUUUUUUUAAUUUUCUUAGACUUUAGCUUUACAUUUUAAAGACACGUAAUUGAUGUUUCAUUUAUAUAUUUUACAAGAAGAAUUUAAAAAUGGAAAUACACACACCCACAACAAUAUUUAGAAUAUUUAUGACGAAUAUUGGGACAAAGAAAAACAA